AUGAUAGAAAUAAAAUCGGAAACUUUCGAGACUGAGGAGAAGGAAGAUGCUGAGGAAACGAACCGAGAAGACAACGGAAAAGAAGAAGAAGAGGAGAAGGAGGAGAUGAACAAUAACGAUAUAGGGGAGAAUAUUGAAGUGAAAGAGGAGGAUGAGAGGGAUGGGGUUGAAGAUGAUGAUGAUGGAGGAGAAGGAGGAGGAGGGAUGAGUCCUAUGGAAACCGCAACCCUGCUCCUUCUAUCCAGGAUUGCAAUGUUCAACAAGCAUGAUCCGAACCAGUACAAGAAAACUAGUCUAGUCUUUACUUGUAACAGCCCGUCUAGUGUACCCAGUAUGUGGUUGACAAAACGUGUUUUCUGCAACAAAUGCAGCUUUAACCCGUAUCCUACUCAAACUCCUAUCCGUACCCCAACAUCUUUUAUUCUUUUCUUUUAUCCUAAUCCAACUCCUAUCCAUACUCCAACUCCUUACACUACUACAAAUCCUAUUCCUCCUCCAACUCCUUUCCCUACUCCAACUCCUAUCCCGACUCCAACUCCUAUCCCUACUCUAACUCCUUUUCCUACUCCAACUCCUAUCCCGAAUACAAAUCCUAAUCCUCCUCCAACUCCUUUCCCUACUCCAACUCCAAUCCCAAAUACAAAUCCUAUUCCUCCUCCAACUCCUUUUCCUACUCCAACUCCUAUCCCGAAUACAAAUCCUAUUCCUACUCCAACUCCUUUUCCUACUCCAACUCCUUUUCCUACUCCAACUCCUAUCCCGACUUCAACUCUUAUCCUAUCUCCAACUCCUAUCCCUACUCUAACUCCUUUUCCUACUCCAACUCCUAUUCCUGUUUCUACUCAUUCUAAUUCAACUCCUAUCCUUACUCCUAGCCUGAUUUCUGAACCUACAAAGUGUCUCUCCCACGUGGAAUCAUAG